AUGUCUGAGGGGACCGAGGAACAGGAUUUUGUUAUUGUAACUGUUGACGACAGUGAUGAUAACAAUGAGUGCAGUAUUGAGAUGGUGGAAGAUUCUGAAACAGCAGAUAAUUCCACUGAUGACAUAGCAAAUGAUUCCACUUAUGACACAGCAGAUAAUCCCACUGAUGACACAGCCACACAACCAAAUUUUCCAGGCGGCAGUGAUGACCAUCACCGUCCACUCCAAAUGUCAUAUGGGUCUCACUCUGUCACCCAGGCUGGAGUGCAGUAGCACGAUCACAGCUUACUGCAGCUUCAACCUCUUGGGCUCAAGCAAUUCUCCCACCUCAGCCUUCCCAGUAGCUGGGAUGACAGGUGCAUGCCACCAUGCCCAGUAGCCCAUGGUGACCAAACCAUUUCACAGAUCAAAUGCCCAGUACAUUUAAGAAGAUACAGUUACAACUCAGAGGAAGUGGAUUUGCCAAAAAGAGGAAGAUUAUCUACUCCAGAGGUACAGUCUAGCACACCACCACCAGCAGAAAGGCAGGAAACCCAUGCCUGGGCCAGCCCUGCUGUAGCAUCUCUUGAGUCAGCAGCAUGUCCUGAACUGCAGGAAAGAGACCUCAGUGAGAGUUCAUCAUAUCCCAGAAUUGUCUCCUCACGUUCAUUACAGCCAUAUGUCGCACAAGGUGGCUCAUUUCCUUGUUUCGGUAUGCCGUGUAACUUUAUCAGUGGAGGUGCUGAAAGUACCCAUGGUGUCAUCUCAUUUGCCGACGCUACUACAGCAGUACCUAUGGCAGGUCUGUCACGAGGAGAACCCAGUCUGGCAAAUAACCCUGGUGUGGUGAAUUACUCUGCUCUACUGGAAAAUGAAGAUGUGGGCCCAGGUAGAGCCUUGUCAUCUUUCUGCAUCCAUCCCAAUUUGGAAAUGCCAGAAAGACCAGCAAACAGCAGUAAAAACAGCACUGAGACAGUGAAUUACCCAACUUUAAUGGGAAAUUACAGUGGCCAAAAUACUGCCUCUUUAUCUGUCUUCAUCCCUCCCUAUUUUGCUGAGAAAAUUAUACUUAUUGAAAUGCCAGGAACAACAGAAACCAACAUGGAAAAUAACUCUCAGACAGUGUAUUACCCAUCUUUAUUGGGAAAUAUGAGUGUCCCAAAUCCAGCGUCUUCAAAUCUUCCCAUCACUUCUAAUUUUGAAUCUGGCCCACAAAUGAAUUCUGGGACAAUGAGUUACUCAACUGUAAUGCAAAAUAGCUGUGACCAAGAUGAUGCUUCAGCAUCUGCCUGCCUCACUCCCAAUUUUGCACUGUUACCUCUGAACAUUUUGGUAAAAGUAGAUACCAACACGGAAAACAGCCUCAACACAAUGAAUCGCUCAACUUUAUUGAACAGUGACAGUGGCCAGGAUUCUUCCUCAUCACCUGUCUGUAUCCCUCCCAAGUAUGGCUAUCUUGGUGAUCCAAAAAGAAAUGUCAGAGUACUUAAAACUCAUUUGCUGGCCGUACGAAAUAUGGCCAAACCUAAGCAAGCAGCCUGCUAUUUGGUUCGUAUUUUGUUCUCCAAGGAAAUCCUGAUUAGCAACUCAGUGGAUAUCCAUUUGAAAGACAGCCAGUCCCUUGACCCAAACAAAAUGGCUGCAUUGAGAGAAUAUCUGGCAACAACUUUUCCCACCUGUGAUUUGUGUGAACAUGGAAAAGACUGGCAGGACUGUAUUUCUGGUAUCAAUUCUAUGAUCUACUGUUUAUGUUCUGAAGCCAAGAGUACUCCAAAAACUGUUCGCAAAAAUAAAAAGCUUACCAACCCUGUUGCACCAGCAUCUGCAGACAGAAAUGACCAUAGGGAUAGAGAUGGUGGUGAAGGCAGUUCUUGGAUGUUUCAGCCAAUGAAUUAUUCUGAAAUGAGAGAAAAGGGGAACUUGCAGCCAAACAGUAAUUCUAUCCCUGAAGAAAUGCAAGAGCCUUCCACUGAAAAUCCAGAGGAACCUGGUGAAGCAUGGGGCUAUUUUGGAAGACCUUGGAGAAAUAUACGGAUGCCAUAUUCAGUACUGACUUUGGCAAAAGCUAAGUCUUGCGCAAGCCUGUCAGCUAGAUACCUUAUUCACAAACUCUUCACAAAAGAUGUCCUGAUCCAAAGUAACGUCUAUGGCAAUCUAAAGCAUGGCCUGUAUGCCCUUGACCCUAAUAAGAUUAGUGCUCUCCAAGAGUUCCUCCAAGAAAACUACCCAAUUUGUGAUCUCUCGGAAAAUGGAAGGGACUGGAAGUUGUGUGUGACCUCCAUCAACAGCAGUAUCCGUAGCCUUAGACAUAAUGUCAGAAGUGCUGAAGCCAGAUCUCAGUCGCUUCCAGUAGUGACCCCUCCAGAGUCGGAGCAGGAGUAAAAGUCAAGAGAUCCCAACGCCACUGACAGAAGCACCUGA